AUGGCCCUCCUGUACAGCCUCGCCUUCGCCGGCCUGGCGGCAGCGAAUCUCAGACCCGACUGUCCUCACUUCACCUACUACGCAGCAACACCUCACGAGCCCUUCUCCGAGGGCGUCCAUAAGCUCGCCUACCAGCGUCCCCCGCCAGAAUGCCGCACGGCUAGCUAUCCAGAGGUCGAGAAGACCAUCACUGAGAUGAAGACCCUCGUCAAAGACCCUGACCUCUACCGUCUCUUCGAGAACACCUUUCCCAACACCCUCGAUACCACCGUCGCUUGGACCGGUGUUGCCGAAGACGACGAAGAUGAGGAGCUCAGCUUCAUCAUUACCGGCGACAUCAACGCGGAGUGGCUCAGGGAUAGCAGUAACCAGCUGCAGAGCUAUCGCUCUCUGCUUACACGCAACUCCUCGGCAGGCUCUCUCGCGGCUCUAUAUCGCGGCGCUAUCAACCUGCAGGCUCGCUAUGUUCGCUUUGCACCUCACUGCAAUGCCUUCCAACCGCCAGAAGAAUCUGAAAUAGCCCCGGCAGACAACGAGGCCGGCGGCGCGACGGAUCACAUCUCACCACAGUACCCGACUUACUCUUUCUUCGAGUGCAAAUACGAGCUGGACUCCCUCGCCGCCUUCCUCCAGCUCUCCCACGACUACCACGCCGCCACCGCCGACAAGAACUUCUUCGCCCGCUUCAACUGGUCCAAGGCCGUCGCCGUCCUCCUCAACACCACAGACGCCCUGCGCACCGGUACCUACGCAGCAGACGGCACCUUAAACCCCUCCCCGGCCCUCUUCGAGCGCCGCGCCGUCACUGCAUCAGAGACGCUCUCCAACGGCGGCAACGGCGCCCCGACCCAGGGCGGCACCGGCAUGAUUCGCAGCUUCUUCCGUCCCAGCGACGAUAGCUGCAUCUACCAGCUCUUCGUGCCGGCCAAUAUGAUGUUCGCGCGGUACCUCACUUCGUGCGCCGCGAUCAUGGACGGUAUCGACGUCGGCCUCGCCGAGCGCAUGAGGGAGUCCGCCAAGGUCGUUCGCGAGGGCAUCGAGGCGCACGGGAAGAUGACGCAUCCUAAGUUUGGCGAGAUUUACUCGUACGAGGUCGACGGCUUCGGCAGUUACAAUAUCAUGGAUGACGCCAACAUCCCCUCCCUCCUCUCGGCACCCCACUACGGCUACCUCUCCGCCUCUGACCCAAUUUACCAAAAUACUCGCCGCUUCGUACUCUCCACCUCGAACCCGUACCAGAUGCGCGGCUCUGUCCUCAACGCCACGGGCGGCCCGCACGUCGGUCCCGGAAACGCCUGGCCCAUGGCCCUGAUCGCGCAGCUCAUGACCUCGGACGACGACGAGGAGAUCUCCAGCGGCUUGCGCCAGCUCGUCAGCUCGACGAACCGCCUCGGCCUCAUUCACGAGUCCGUGAACAGCCAUGACGCCUCCAAGUUCACCCGACCUUGGUUCGCCUGGGCCAAUGGUCUGUUCGGACAAAUGAUGCUGGAUCUUAGGGAGAGGAAGCCGCAUUUGCUGAGGAGGAGUUAUCAGUAG